CCCCCCAAGCUCCGCCCUCUAGAUGAAACGGGAGGAUCACGUUAAGGAGAACGGGCGCCCGGCGACAGCAGAGGCGGCGGAGCAGCGGCGGCCAUGAAGCACUACGAGGUGGAGAUCCUGGAUGCCAGGACCCGAGACAAGCUCUGCUUCCUCGACAAGGUGGAGCCCCAUGCCACGGUGGCAGACAUCAAGAAUCUCUUCAACAAGGCUCAUCCCCAGUGGUACCCAGCCAGACAGUCCCUGCGCCUGGACCCCAAGGGCAGGUCGCUGAAGGACGAGGAUGUGCUGCAGAGCCUGCCCGUGGGCACCACUGCCACCUUCUACUUCCGGGACCUGGGUGCCCAGAUCAGCUGGGUGACGGUGUUCCUGACGGAGUACGCAGGACCCCUCCUCAUCUACCUCCUCUUCUACUUCCGAGUGCCCUUCCUCUACGGCCCCCGCUACGACUUCACUGCCAGCCGCCACUCUGUUGUCCACCUGGCCUGCUGCUGCCACUCCUUCCACUACAUCAAGAGGCUGCUGGAGACCCUCUUUGUGCAUCGCUUCUCCCAUGGCACUAUGCCCCUCCGGAACAUCUUCAAGAACUGCACUUACUACUGGGGCUUCGCGGCCUGGAUGGCCUAUUACAUCAACCACCCUCUCUACACGCCCCCGGCCUAUGGUGACGAGCAGGUGAAGCUGGCACUCGCUGUCUUUCUGUUUUGCCAACUGGGAAACUUCUCCAUCCACGUGGCCCUGAGGAACCUGCGGCCUGCAGGCUCCAAGGCUCGCAAGAUUCCCUACCCCACUCGCAACCCUUUCACGUGGCUCUUCCUGCUGGUGUCCUGCCCCAACUACACCUACGAGGUUGGGUCCUGGAUUGGCUUCACCAUCAUGACCCAGUGCCUGCCUGCAAUGCCACCAACCCCACCCCCCUCAAGGCGUGCCCCUCCCCCCGCAGUGGCGCUGUUCUCGCUGGUGGGCUUCGUGCAGAUGGCAAUCUGGGCGCAGGGCAAGCACCGCAGCUACCUGCGCGACUUCCGUGACUACCCCCCGCUGCGCUCCCCCAUCGUCCCCUUCCUGCUGUGACACCCGGGGGGCACUGAGGGACACCUCAGAGCCUGUCCCUCGUUGUCCCCUUCCUGCUGUGACACCCGGGGGGCACCGAGGGACACCUCAGAGCCUGUCCCUCGUUGUCCCCUUCCUGCUGUGACACCCGGGGGGCACUGAGGGACACCUCAGAGCCUGUCCCUCGUUGUCCCCUUCCUGCUGUGACACCCGGGGGGCAUUGAGGGGACACCCCCAGAAUCUGUCCCUCGUCGUCCCCUUCCUGCUGUGACACGCGGGGGGCACCGAGGGGACACCCCCGGACCCUGUCGGCCCACCCCCAGCUGGCCUUGUCCCCCUCCUGCUAUAGAGGGACACCCCCAGAGCUUGUCCCUUGUUGUCCCCUUCCUGCUAUGACAUCUGAGGACAGCCUGAGCUGUCCCUGUCCUCCUCCUGUCCCAUGCUGACCCCGGUGGGGGGCAGGAAUUUUGACCCUCCCUGUGCUGCCCGUGGGGCCCAAUCAAUGCCCCUCUCUUGUGCCUCUCCCCCUCCCCUGGCCUUGUCCCCUCAUGCAACAAUAAAAACGAUGUCACCUCC